AUGCGUCGCGCUUUCCAGCGAUGUAUCGCCACUGUCCCGCAGAUUCGCCCAAGUAUCAUUGGUGACCUACCCAUCUCAGCGCAUCGACCCAUUCGUUUCAAUAGCAUCACGAGGGCAGCCAUCGCUUCGCAUACCGUUGCGACACGAGACUUUCAUUCAACAUCAUUACGAAAGGAUGCGGCAGAAUCAGCCGACGGCAGAGACCAAGCCAAAGAAGAUUCAGAUGCACAGGUGGUUUCCAAGUUCGCGGAACUGGAGACCAGGGGUCUGGUUCACCCGACCGUCGUGAAUACAAUCACGCGCGGCAUGGGUCUGGAGACCAUGACAGAGGUUCAAUCCGCUACGCUUCAUGAGGCGCUGCGCGGCACAGACAUAAUCGCUCAGGCCAAGACGGGAACGGGCAAGACGAUUGCUUUCCUGCUACCGGUUUUGCAGAAUAUCAUCGAAAAGGACCCCUAUCUCGCGAAGUCUUCUCACGGACGUCGCGGACCGCGGACAACGGCUGAUGACAUUCGGGCCCUUAUCAUCUCGCCAACGAGGGAACUAGCGGAGCAGAUCGCAGAUGAAGCAAGGAAGCUUGUUAAAUCGACAGGAAUCAUCGUGCAAACUGCAGUGGGUGGCACAAUGAAGAGACAGGGAAUGCGGGAUAUUCAGCAGCAAGGUUGUCACAUUCUGGUCGGGACUCCCGGGCGACUUAAGGAUAUUCUUUCAGAUCCCUACUCGCGUGUGGAAGCACCUGAUCUCAAUGCUCUGGUAUUCGAUGAGGCAGACAGAUUACUCGACCAGGGCUUCUGGCCGGAGAUCCAGGGAAUCAUGCAGUUGCUACCGUCGCCUGCCCAAAAACCCCGACAGACGUUGAUGUUCUCUGCUACCAUGUCUCAGGAUGUCAUCACGCUAGCACGGCAGACGCUCAAGAAAGGGUUUAAAUUUGUCAGGACCAUUCGCGACGAUGAAGCGCCCACUCACGCUCGCGUGCCGCAGAAUAUAGUGAAACUGAAGGGCUUUGAGAAUGCCGCGCCAGCACUCUUCGAGCUCUGCCAACGCGAGAUCAUGCAAUCAGAGAACGACCCAUCAAAGCCACCCUUCAAAGCCAUGGUUUACUUCAAUAGUGCUGCGGAGGUCUCCCUGUACUACAGUCUCUUCCGCGCGCUCGAGGAUAGAUCCGGCCGCAGUCCGUUACUGCCGGCCAAGACCUUUCUCAUCCAUUCCCGCCUAUCACAAAUGCAGCGUACGAGGGCUGCAGAAGACUUCAAGAGGUGCCGAAGUGGUAUCUUCCUUUCGUCCGAUGUCACCGCACGAGGCAUGGACUUCCCUGGCGUCACGCACGUCAUCCAAAUGGGACUUGCAACCAGUCGAGAGAUGUACAUUCAUCGUAUCGGACGUACUGCGCGAGCAGGGCGCGAGGGUACUGGCUGGCUUUUCGUUGAUGAGAUGGAAGCGCGCGAGGUACGCGGCAAGCUUGGCGAGAUGCCUCUGGUUCCGAACGAUACAUUGGAAACGGCUCGACUAGACCUCACACAAGCCGCCGACAUUUCCGCUGAGCAAGGCGAGCUCCUCGCCACGUAUCAGAAAGCCAUUCAACAAGUUCCUCGCGGUGAGAAGGUCAAGGUUUUUAUGUCGUUCUUUGGCACUUUCGCCUGGCAUCCUCGCAAGCAACAGCUGGUUGACAACAUGAAUCGCCUCGCGACGUACGGAUGGGGCAUGGAAGAGCCUCCCAUGGUGUCUCCUUCUCUUCUUAGAAGAUUGCCGUCAUUCAGAAAUGUGACUGGCCUACGCCUUGGUCAUGAGCCAUCUGAUGACGACGGCAGCGAUAUGAGGCGAUCCAGUGGACGAAGCCCAAGGGAUUUCGGCCGGCGCGGAGGUCCUGCUGGCGGCUUCGGCAGAGUUGGUCCUGGUUUUGGCCGAGGUGUACUACCUCCCGGCGGGUCCAGUGGCGGCAGCCCAGGCGGCUUCAGAUCCGAGGGAACUGGCUAUGGGGGCAGUUCGCGCUCGUCCGGCAACGGCUAUUCUGGAUUUUCUCGAUCCGGCCGCUCCGACGGCCCGCCACGCGAAAGGCGUGCACAGUCAUACGACUAUUGA